CGUCACCCGGCGUCCCGGACCCAACGGCUGCGAGUCGGUCAGGGGCACUCGGGGCGGGAUGGUGCCGUGGUGCCAGGUUGAAGUAUUGUAUUUUGCAAAAAGUGCUGAAAUAGCGGGAGUUCGUUCAGAGACCAUUUCUGUGCCACAAGAAAUAAAAGCACUGCAGCUGUGGAAGGAGAUAGAAUCUCGGCAUCCUGGAUUGGCUGAUGUUAAAAAUCAAGUGAUAUUUGCUGUUCGUCAAGAAUAUGUCGAGCUUGGAGAUCAGCUCCUCUUGCUUCAACCGGGAGACGAAAUUGCUAUUAUCCCCCCCAUUAGUGGAGGGUAGUGCUUCUGAGCUGUUUAGGUAUGUGAGAUUUGUUUUUCUUAACCAGUCUUAUAGAGAAAAAUUGUAUAGAUGAUAACUUGUAGGUAGUUU